GUAAUAAUUAUGGAUGCGCACUCUAAAAAGAUCAAACAUGAAUCAAACUGCGCUUGACCAUUAAUCUCAGAAAUAGACGCUCCUUGACAGACUGUGUCGCCUGGGUUCUUCAGCCACUGUUAUUCAUUAAGCCUACACCACCAUCCUCGAAUACUUGCCAGGAUAGUACUACAUCAAUAUGAACCCUUCCACUAUCAGAGUCCUUGUUUGCGCAAAUCAACAUCACUACUUCUGUGUCACCUACGCGCAGAUGAGACCUACUGUAUUCCGGGUCACUGUUUACUACUCCAAAUUCAUAUCUUGCUUUGAUUGCAUACAUGUCCUCUCAGUCAAACGGUCAUCAGAUUCCUCUACUGCCAUUAGAGCAGGUUGAAGAUACCUACACGAACUCUCUACUGCAAAGUUCUUACUCUGACGAUGUGUCUCUGAAACAUUCCAAGGACUUAGGUCCGUAUGCCCCAGUGAUCGGGAGACUACCACGAUGGGAGGUGACAGUGCAUGUAUUUGCCAUAUGUGCCACCGUUUCUGUUGUGUGGCCUAGCUUCAAGGAGCAGUACUGGCAGGACAUUGGUCACUGGAGCCCUGAACUCCAAAAUAACAUUAUGAAGGGGCUUCAAGUAGUGUCCAAGCUACAUGAGAUCAUAAUGGUGGCCUCGCUGGGCCACAUUGUCCUUCACUAUACUCGGAGGCUCCUUGUGGGCACGAGAGGUGUCCCAUUGGGCCUUUUGGGGCCGUCUUAUGUCGCUGGGUCUCCCUCCACACUUUUCCGGCGGUCUUUCUGGCGAUGCUUUCGAGGAAAACAUCUGCUAUUUACGCUCCUGUUGAUGUCGACAUCUAUACUUGUUCUGUUCCUCGGUCCCUCCUCAGCUGCCACUAUGAUUCCAUCGCUGGACUGGUACUCGGCUGAAGGAGCACUACCAAAGGAUCCAGAGGUCUACUUCAUGGACAUAUCAAAUUUGACUACGGCAGCCGAACAAAUAUGGCCCCAAAAGCUAUCAACGACUCAACUCAGUCCUUAUCAGAGGAGAUCAUGUCAGCCGGAAUCUAAUGUUAUGGAGGCUCUGCUGGGACCGAUAUGCCCUUUCUCUGGGAUAUACAGCAUAAUACUAUGGUUUGGAGCAUGGAAAUUGAGUGGCGCUCAGGAUGUGCUUGUCGUCAAAGAUUGGUCCAAUAACGCACAGCGCCUGGUCAUCGGUGAAGUCCUUCCUUCGGUACAGGACGGGAAUGAUGUUGCGAAAGGUGCGAUCGCGACCGCAAUACCGGAAUUUCUGCUUACUGCAAUAUCUGGAUAUUGGGAAUAUUUGUCGCGGCGUAAACUUGGGAAGUUGGAUCAUAUCAAGAUGCCACAACUUCGUUUCGACGACGAUAUCGCACUUUACCAGCCACUGGUACAUGUGAGCUGCACCAUGACGCACCUCUCUCCAGACCUUGGGAACGUCACGUUUCCAAACCUUGUAGGUAGUCCUUGGGGCGAUGCCAAUCCCGAUUUUGGAAGAGUCUCUCUUGAUGUGGGAGCGAGCACUUGGCAGAGUAUAUCCCGUGUGAAUACGACAUUUGACUGGUACAAAGAUCCGAACACAACCGCACAGUCAUCAUUGUUAGCAUUGUCUAAGGUACCGGUGACUGAUGUGCAUGAAAAUGGUACGACAUUCCAGUCUCUGGCAAUCGUUCCGUGUAGCAUUGAUGCACGAUGGGCAGCCUCAGGCAUUAGAUAUCAGCCUUGGAACUCCAGCAUUGUCUCAAGCAAUGUCAGUAAUAACGCAUUCCUUGGUUCCGAAGUAUUCACAAAGCCUCCAAGAGCUUCGUCAAAGCGAGUCAGGGAGCGAUAUGGCAUAUCUGAUCGGCCGAUUGAUCUACAGCUUGACUGGGCCCAGAUGCUCAACUUUAACACAUCAAUGAUUGACGGCGAAAACCAGUUGAACGCUACCACCAUGAGUCAACUUCUAUCCAUUGGAUUGAAUGAACUCAACAACUACACUAUCUUUCAGAUGCCUAGUACGACGGACAACGACUCGGACGGAGUCAUCAAAGAAACAGUGGCUCGUCUGCUUGGCUUUGUCGUCGCAGAUUCAAUAUCGAGAACAAUUCAUUCGGGAAUGGCACUCGCAGUAAGCGUUAACGACGGCAAUGACACCUCAGAGGUCUUUGACACUCUGCGUGCUCCUGCGCAGAACUCAACCCGGGAUUUCACCACUCUCUUCCGCUCCAGGCCAAACGCCGCUGUGCUGAAACUGCGCUUUGCCGUCGAUCGCUAUGGCUAUGGAUACUCUCUACGCAGCACCUCUACGAGAGCGGCCAUUGCAUGUCUGUUUCUUUUCAGCAUCCUUGUGUUGGCUCACUCGCUGUACAUGUUUGCGUCACGCGCUCGCGCAACAUUGGUUUAUUGCAGGUCGUGGGGGGAUAUUGGCGAGCUAGUGGCUCUCGCAGCGAGCUCUGCACCUUCGUCGGUGGCGUACGGUUCAGGUUCUGGAAUGAGUUAUGGCGAGACUGGGAGGAAUGUUGUGUCGAGAAUUCGAAUGGCUGAUAGCACUCAUGACGAACCACAAUUUGUCUUGGAGAGUAGUGUCUGAAUUUAUUGUAGCAAUUGAGCUGUCUGGUGUCUUGAGUUUGUCCUGUAAUCUUUGUGUCCAUCUCUUCACCACGUCUCGUAUCUGGUCGAAGAUCUUCCCAUUGGACGU